AACCAAAGUUGACACGAUCAAAAUGCCUACCCCAGAUCUCAAAAAGCACCACUUGAUCUGUUCCUAGGAUCCUCUCUUUCUGUCCUCACUUUUUUCUUCCAGCACCGAAAGAUCUGUUCGACGAAAUCAUGAAGUUGAUUUUGGCUACCGCCGCUCUCCUUGUCAGCGGCGUUGUGGCAUUACCUCAGUAUGCCGCCAAGAUACCCAACGGAUACGGUGUCCCUAAUCCAGGUCCACAAGGAGGUAUUUGGGCUGGUGUUGGGCAUGUGAGAACUGCUGGAGGAGGGGAACGCAACUCCUUUGGUCUAGACUUUGCCGCCAAUGGAUUUGAAUGGACCAAAGAGCUUUGUGAACUGGACUCGGAUGGAGACGGAAGGUCCAAUGGUGAAGAGUUGGGAGAUCCCAACUGUGAAUGGUCAGAAGGACAAGAACCUGCUGGUCCUGCUCUGUCUCACCCUGGCAUUGUGGAUGAACCAAAAGAAGCUGGAGCCUCAAGUCAGUGCGACAACUAUGUGGCUCCGGAUGAUGAGAUGACCAUGGACAUCUCAUUCACUGUACCUGUCAACAUCACAAAGAAGCGAACACACUAUCAGUGCGAACAAAUGCUCCUGGAUGUCCCAGCCAAGACAGUCCUCCACAAGAUUAAACAUGGUGUUCUCUUGGAUAACCACAACAUCUUGCACCACAUGUUUGUCUACAUUUGCCCUGCUGGUACUGACAGCUCGGAUGGAAAUAAAGUGGGAGAAGGACCCUACAAGUGCUCUGGAAAUGAGAGUGGCUGUCGAAGAAUUGGUGGCUGGGCGGUAGGUCCACAUGAAUCUUGCAACCCUCCCAAUGUGGGUCACGAGAUGGACUUUUCCGAGUUGGACCAAUUUGUAGUCAAAAUUGAGGCCCACUAUGACAACAACAUGGGAACCAGUCAAUUGGACCAGUCGGGACUCCGUCUAUACAUGACACCAACACUUCGUCCCUUGACGGGGUCUCAGCUCUGGGCCGGCAUGAUGCCCAAUGACAUUGACUUUCUCAUCCCCCCCAAUGAAACCAACUAUCCCCUCUCCAACAUUUGCCCGACUGUCAUGACGGAACGAAUGGAUCGUCCCGUGUAUGUGUACGGCUUCAACCCUCACAUGCACCUCUAUGGACACUCCCUGGUGACAGAGCACUAUCGUUGUGGUCAAAAGAUUGGAGAAAUUGGAAGGAUCAGUGACUAUGAAUUUGACAACCAGCAGACGUACACCUUGGAUCCCCCAGUAAAGAUUCUUCCUGGUGAUGCCCUGGUAACAACCUGUCAGUUCAAUACCACAAUGGCAGACUCGGACAUCAAGGGUGGCAGGUCCACCAACAGAGAAAUGUGUUUUAACUUUUUGGAUUACUACCCGAUUGCUGGAACGGAGAAGAUCCCCACACUGAUGAGCGCCUGCAUUAGUGUGGAGACUGGUUUCCGGAGGAAAGGAGGGAUGACACCUAUCCGUGGUGCCUUUGGCGACCUGGAUCAAAAAAGUCUGGUUUUUGACUUUGAGAGCAAGCCAGAGGCAUCCGUGGGAUCUUGUUGUGAAUCCAACAACUGUGAAGAAUUGUAUGUUUCGGGAGCGGAUGGGGCUUGUGGUGUGGAUACCGAUUGUAUCAACGACCUAGUUUGUGUUGGUGGCAUUUGCGAAUUUCCUCCACACGGAGCAUCAACCCAAGCACUCGAAAGCAGUGCACGCAAGAUGAAUGUUGGGUUGUUUUUGUGCUGGGCUGGUAUUGCUGCUGCUAUGUCUUGUGCCACUCUGUUGUACUAGUAGUACCGGCACCAUACCUUGUUUCUACCCACGGGCGGCAUCAUCAGGCUUGGUUGUCUACUGUAAAGCUUCUAAAAUUUAUUUAUGCAUAUG